AUGACAGCCGUACUAGAACUUGUUCCAGAAAAAUAUAUUGUAGCAUUUGUUACGAUUCUUAUAACGCAUCUACAUUUAUCAAUCAACUUUUACAUUAUGGGACCUGCAUUGGGUGGUUUGCUCUCUCCACGAUCAUUGAAAAUACUUACCCCUUUGAACAUUCUUUUGAUUUCUAUUUAUAUCAAUUACUAUUUAGCAUGUACAACUAAUCCCGGAAAUAUACCUGAAGGAUGGGAGCCUCCUUCAUCAGUAUUGGAGGACGAUCGAGUUUUACCGGUUGGCUUUCAAGGACCCAGAUUUUGUAAGAAAUGCGAAAAAUACAAACCACCUCGAGCCCAUCACUGUAAACAAUGUGGUCAAUGUAUACUAAGAAUGGAUCAUCAUUGUCCUUGGAUUGGGAACUGCGUUGGUUUUGGAAAUUAUAGUCAUUUUAUACGGUUUGUUUUCUCAGCUGUGGGAGGUUGUAUCUAUGCUGGGUAUUUAUUAUUAUGGAGAUUACAGCGUAUUAUUGAUGCUUGGAAUUCUAAAUGGCCAAGUACAUUAGAAGUUAUUAUAGUUAUCCUAAACAUAGCAUUGAUUGGUGUGACUCUCUUUUUAGUGGGGAUCUUGGCUAUCUAUCAUACCUUUUGUCUCUUUAAAGGCCAAACAACAAUUGAAGGUUGGGAACGAACAAAGACUAAAAAGAUGAUUCGUAGACGAGCGAUCGAACCUGUUGAAUUUCCAUUCGAUAUUGGUUUUUAUAAAAACAUUUGUUCAGUAUUAGGUGAUAAUCCUUUAUUAUGGGCUUGGCCCCAGUCUACUCCAGGAGAUGGGAUUCAUUACACUGUUAAAUCAAAUACAGGUAAAUACAAUACAUACAUACAUAUAACUAUUCAAAAAAAAUGUAUGAUAAUCUAUAUUGUAAUAUAG